AUGGAUGCUCAAUCCAACUGUAACUCUAGUUCAUCAUCAAAUCUAAGAAUUAUUGUAUAUAACAACCCUUCAGAAGCCCAACUCUCUGAAUUGGGCAUAAAAUCUUGGCCAAAAUGGGCUUGUUCACCAGGAAAAUACAAAUUAAAAUUUGAUGCAGAAGAAACAUCUUAUUUGCUAAGGGGAAAAGUGAAAGUGUAUCCAAAGAACACAAUAGAGAUGUCACCAGUGGAGUUUGGUGCUGGGGAUCUUGUCAUUAUUCCCAAAGGACUUUGUUGUACUUGGGAUAUAACCCUUCCUGUUGAUAAAUACUACAAAUUUCAUCCUUCCUAA